AUGUUCAGCUUUUUGUUACUAAUCGCUACUAUUGUUUGUACAGUUGGUGCUGGAUCAGCGGGUAGUAUAAUUGCCACAAGGUUGUCUGAAGACCAAACACAUGUGCUAUUACUGGAAGCUGGAGGAUCGGAUUUGGAAAACGAAUUUACUCGACUAUCAUUACAAUGGAUAAGAACACUCAAGUCAAAGGAAAAUUGGAGUUUCGACUCAGUACCACAAAAGUAUGCUUUAAAGGCAGUAUAUAACAGAGUAAAAGGCCACCGUGGAAGAGUGUUGGGUGGUACUAGUAGUAUAAACGCAAUGUAUUACAUUAGAGGAAGUCGUCAUGAUUAUGACAAGUGGCAAAAAGAAGGUUGUACUGGAUGGGGAUAUGACGAUGUUUUGCAAUACUUCAAAAAGUCAGAAGAUAUUCAAAUUCCAGAGUUGAUGAAUUCCUGUAAGUAA